AACUGAAUUUGAUGUUCAACACCUUCAAACCCCUCGCUUUAUUGAUUUUUCAACAAAAAAAAAUUCUGAAACUGAUAAUAAAUAAAAUUGGAUAAGAAAUCAUGGCUGAUAACGAACAAAAAGCAUUGCAAUUAAUUGCUGAAGCUGAGAAGAAACUCACAUCAUCUAAAGGAUUUCUUGGGUCGCUGUUUGGUGGCUCCAAUAAAGUUGAAGAUGCAAUCGAAUGUUAUCAUCGAGCUGCGAAUAUGUUCAAAAUGGCUAAAAAAUGGCAACAAGCUGGAUCUGCUUUCUGUUCAGCUGCUAACUUACAUGCUCAAGCAGGGAGUCGUCACGAUGCUGCUACAAACUAUGUCGAUGCUUCGAACUGUUUUAAAAAGUCGGAUCCAAAUGAAGCUGUUUCAUGUUUAAUGAAAGCAAUUGACAUCUAUACGGAUAUGGGUCGCUUUACAAUGGCUGCAAAACAUCAUCAAACAAUUGCUGAGAUGUAUGAGAAUGAAGCAAAUGAUUUGAAUCGCGCUGUUCAACAUUAUGAACAGGCAGCUGAUUAUUUCAAAGGCGAAGAAUCAAAUACUUCAGCCAACAAAUGCAUGUUGAAAGUUGCACAAUAUGCUGCCCAAUUGGAAGAUUUCGAAAAGGCCAUUCAGAUUUACGAGUCAGUUGCUGCUUCAUGUCUCGACAGUUCUCUUCUUAAAUACAGCGCUAAGGAAUAUUUCUUCCGAUCUGCUCUCUGCCAUUUAAGCGUUGACUUGUUGAAUGCAACACAUGCUUUGGAAAGAUAUGCUCAACAAUAUCCAGCAUUCCAAGAUUCAAGAGAAUUUAAAUUGAUAAAAACACUUGUCGAACAUCUUGAAGAGCAAAACAUUGAUGGAUUUACUGAUGCCGUUAAAGAUUAUGACAGCAUCUCUCGUUUAGAUCAGUGGUACACAACGAUGCUUUUGAGAAUUAAAAAGCAACACAACGACAACCCAGAUCUGCGAUAAAUAAUUUCACUUAAAUGCAGCAAGUCUCUCACUAAAGUCUUUCGCAACUCUUAUUCCAAAUUAUGUCGCCGGAUGAUUGUAAGUGCUAAAUUUUGAUCGAUAUCAGUUUUUUGAAUUUUAGAAUUGUUUAAUGAACAAGACAAAUAUUCAAAAUUUAUUUUUGUUUUCAUGAAAAUUCACUAAAAGGAAAAGAAACGAAGAAAAGAAAGAAAUUAAAACAAUUGAUGAUAUCGUAGAUAAUUAAGAUUCCAUGAUAUAUUAAGGAAGUUAAUAUUGUUAUUGAUUUUUUAUUAUGAUUUUUAUUUUUCUUAUUAAAAAUGAUUUCAUUUUUAAGUUUGUUGUUUCAUUGAUUGUAUGACGAGAAAUUUUGUAAAUAUUUCCUUUUUUAAAUAGUUUGUCGCUUGUGUUGUACGAGAAUGAAAAUUUGAAAGUAUUUGAUUAUUUAUGAGUCUUGAAACAUUCAUCAAAAACUAAUAUCGUUGAUGUCUUCUGUUUAAAAACACCGAUUAAUCACAAUUUACAUAAUAAGUUUACAGUUUUUGAAUGUUAACAGAAAAGCAUGUCGACAUAUCCUCAUAAAAAAGUAAAAAUCCGGAUUGUGGACGCCGCCAAUUAUUACCAUUUGAAGUUUAAAGUUUAUUUCUCCGAACUCUUAAUUAAAUUUUCAUUCUUGAUUUCAAAAAUCAAAAAGACAUAAAAAAGUUUUUAGAAGAAUUUGCAUGAAAAUCUCAAAAUUUUCUUGAUAUUAAAAGUAAAAAUUAAUAUUACAGCAUGCAUCGUAUAAACCAUGAAAUGAAUUAUAAAUUCCUGUCGCAUCAAGAAAUGAAUAAAAAAAAUUAAUUGAAAGAGAAAAA